GCACAUCACAAGCCCUGAAGAUCAACAAUUUCAUUCAGUAGCACAGCGGCAGUCACUGUGAAUGGGACAAGGCAAAGUGUCAUCCAACCACAGUAAAAAGACGAAAAACAUGGAGGUCUUUGGUUACUGGAAGUGUGUCGUUGUUCUCGUGUUCGCGGUGGUACAAAUUGGUGAAGGAAGCUUGCAGUGCAAUCUUACGUGUCCGAACCAGCAGUUGUCUUGCACCACUUCGGCGUCUAACAAACAAUUUCUUCUAAAAGGUCAUUCUUUACAUGGUCAAAAGGUCAAGCUGGAGCCCCUGCUCAUGGACAUUCCCGCCUCCCUCGUAGAACUGGCGGUGGAAGGAUGUGCGGCCGUGGAGGUGAUGCCGAGGGCCUUCGAGGGGCACCUCUUGCUCCAGCGCCUGAACUUCAGCAACAUCGAAGAACUGACCUUCCAAGAGGACAGCCUCGUGUUCACCGGUGACCUGACCCUAAACAUCGAUCAGGUCAGUAAUCUGGAGCUGAGACGCCGCGCCAUCACCUUCAACGCCAGUCGCGGAGUGGCCGAGCAGCGCCUGCAGGUGACCAACACCCAGCUGUCGUCCGUCGCGCAGGAGGCCAUCACCGCGCCCCUCACCUCCAACUACCUCACGACCUUCGGCGACAACAACACCCUCUCGGACUCGGGUGACCUCUCCGGCCUCUGCAGCCUCAGACGCGAAUUCCAAGAGGUUUUCGUCCCCGAAGGCGCGCCCGGACAGGUACCUUGCUCGGCGACUCGGGCCCUUGGGAGCCUCGUGGUCUUCGCUGUGGCUCUCCUCUGCAGGAAGGGCCUGUAAGUGAGUGGCUGCGCGGGCGUGUGAUCUGGGGAUGGAACCCAUCUGGAGAUCAUAGAUUAUAUGUAUGCUUACAUUAUACACAGACAUAUGUGUAUAUACACAUAUUCAUGCACACACAUAUGCAUACAUUAUACACACAUAUGUACAUAUUCAUACACACACAUAU